AAAAGCCCUAAGCUGGCGAAAUUUCUAAAUAAAUGUAGCUCAGGGUUACUCUUUCUUGAGCAAGCAUUAUUCUCAAACUAUUCAUAAAAGGUUUCACAAAGAGAAAAAUGAUGAUGAUGGGGGAAACAUGGUCUCUAGUUGGCACAUCGAUUGCUACCACUAUGUUUUUUUGGACAAUGUUUGACAACUAUUUCCCUGAUCAUCUUCGUAGCUCUAUCCUUAGUUAUGGUAUGAAAUUGGUGAGUUUCGUGUACCCCUAUAUCAAUAUUACGUUCAAUGAAUUCAUUGGCGAAGACAGUGACGAGUACAUGGAUCUCAAGCGUAGUGAUGCCUAUGCUGCUAUUGAAACAUACCUCAGUGGAAAGUCCUCGAAGCAAGCUAGAAAUCUUAAAGCAGUAGUUGUCAAAGACAGUAGUCAACCUGUACAACUGAGCAUGGGCGAGAACGAAGGGGUUACUGAUGAAUUUGAAGGGGUCAGGUUUUUCUGGGCUGUCAAGAAAAACACCCGAAGAACACAGUCAAUUUCUAUCUACCCGGAGAUUGACGAGAAGAGGUAUUACAAGCUCACUUUCCAUAAGUCUCACCGAGAUUUUGUCUGUGGGACUUACAUCAAUCAUGUAAUGCAACAAGGAAAGGCAAUAACGGUGAGCAAGCGACAAAGGAAGCUGCACACUAACAAUCCUAGCAAGAAUUGGGAAAGGUACAGAGCACAGAAAUGGAGCCAUGCGACUUUUGAGCACCCAGCAACUUUUGACACUUUGGCCAUGGAGUCAAAGAAAAAGGAGGAAAUCAUCAAUGACCUUAUUAAGUUCAGCCAGGGAAAAGAGUAUUAUGCUAAGAUUGGCAAGGCCUGGAAGCGUGGCUAUCUUCUUUAUGGUCCUCCUGGAACUGGUAAGUCUAGCAUGAUUGCUGCCAUGGCAAACCACUUGGAGUACGAUAUCUAUGAUCUUGAAUUGACAACGGUUAAGGACAACACAGAGCUGAGGAGGCUCUUAAUUGAAACCACAGGUAAGUCGAUCAUUGUGAUAGAAGAUAUUGAUUGCUCACUUGAUCUUACGGGUCAGCGAAAGAAGGAAAAAAAGAAAGCGAAUGAUGAAGAAGCCAAGGAUCCUAUUAGUAAAAUGACCAAAGGUGAAGAGGAUAGCAAUAGUAAGGUCACUCUCUCUGGGUUGUUGAAUUUUAUAGAUGGGCUUUGGUCGGCUAUUGGAGGAGAGAGGAUCAUUGUUUUCACAACUAAUUAUGUGGAAAAGCUUGAUGCGGCUCUUAUUAGGAGGGGACGUAUGGACAAGCACAUAGAAUUGUCUUAUUGUGGCUUUGAAGCAUUCAAGGUUCUUGCCAAAAAUUACUUGGAUGUUGACUCACACCCUUUGUUUGCGACUAUUGGCCACUUGUUGGAGGAAACCAAUAUUACCCCUGCUGAUGUUGCUGAGAAUUUGAUGCCUAAGUCUAUGAAUGAAGAUGCUGAGACAUGUUUGAAGAAAUUGAUUGAAGCUCUUGAGACGGCCAAGGAGGAAGCAAAAAAGAAGGCUGAGGAGGAGGCACUGUUGAAGGCAGAGAAAGAAGAGAAAGAGAAGCAAGAAGAUGUGAAAGUUGAUGGGUGUUUAGCUAAGGUGAAAGAGAAAUGCGUUGGAGUACUUGUGAAAGAUGACGAGGCCUUAGCUAAAGAGGUGAAAGAUAAUGGUGUCACCACUUGAAGAAAUUAGGAUACAGGGACUGAAGUGAAGAACAGGUUUAAUGGUACAUGCUCUGCAUGAUGUAUAAUAAAAAAUAGGUCCAAGUUUGAUCUUUAUGUAGUAGGUAUUUGUGUACGCAAUAGGUUCAUAUAAAAAAAUAUAUAUAGUUGUGUAAUAGUAUUGUUGUGGUCAGAAAUGACUCAGAUAGUAGGUUGAAUAGACGUAUGUAUCUCAGUUAAUUUGUUUAAUAAGAACCACUAUAUGUUAACUUGUUCUUU